AUGUCUUAUAACAAGCCCCAGGCCUAUAACAACCAGGGCCCUUACCAUCCCAACUCCCCACCACCUCAGGGCGCAUCGGGUGAAUACUACAACCAACAGGGAGGCUACCCUCAGCAGGGUUAUCCUCCUCAGCAACAACAGCAAGGAUACUAUGGCCAGCAGCAACAGAUGUACUAUCCCCCUCAACAGGGCUACCCACCUCAGCAGCAAGGUUACUAUGGUGGUGGAGAUCGGUACGCCGGUAACCAAGGCCGCGGCGGCUCUGGAGCCGGUGGUAUUUGCGCUGGUGUAAUGGCUGCGUUGGCCUGCUGCUGCUGCUUGGAUAUUCUCUUCUAA